AUGGCCAUAAUCGAACAACUUAGGGAGACAUUCGUCCGGGCGGCGACGUCAUGGUCGCCGGUCCUUGGCCAGGUCUCACCAGCGACGAUUGUGAGCGGACUCGUGCUCGUCACGGUUCCUCUCAUCGUUCUAUACCGGCUGCUCCUUCACCCUCUGGCCUGGGUUCCGGGUCCCAAAAUCGCCGCUGUCAACGGGCUGUGGCGGACUUGGCGCUAUGCACAUGGCAAAUGGCACGAAGACAUCCUGGAGCUGCACGACAAGUAUGGCCCCGUCGUGCGCGUCGCACCCAACGAAGUUUCCAUCGUGGACGGGCCGACGAUGAAGAAACUCUACGGACACGGCAAGCCCGCGCUCAAGACGGGGUGGUACCACACGUGGCACAACCCUGGGGUCGACGUAAUGUUCUUCGCCGAGCUGGAUCCCAGAUUGCACUCGCUCAAGCGCAAGCGCGUCUCGGCGGCCUACUCCAUGUCCUCCAUCCUCGAGUACGAGAAGUACAUGCAGUCCUCCAUUGCGCUGUGUCUUGACAAGCUCUCCAAGUACUCCCGGAGCGGCCAGAUCGUCGACGUGUCCGUCUGGGUGCAGGCGCUCGCCUAUGAUGUCGUCGGCGAGCUGGCCUUUGGCGAGACGCUGGGCCACCUAGAGACCGAGACCGACGUCAUGGGCAUCCGGGAAGCCAUUGCCCAGAUUUUCACCCUUUCCGGGGUCUUAGGUCACAUCUGGGGUCAGACUAUGCCCUUCCUGCAUUUGGUCGACCUGCUGAAACUGGAUUCCCCGAUCAGCAAGUUCAUGAAGUAUUCGAGCGACAAGGUCAUGGAACGCCAGGCAGCUCCUAAGGACGCCCUCGAACGCAAGGACCUGCUCAACUACUUUGUCAAGAUGAAGAAAUUUGACGGCUCGGGCCCAGCAGACCAGAAGGAAAUCCUGGUGGAGACAACCAACAUCUUGGCUGCCGGCGCUGAUACCACCUCGGCCGGCAUACGCGCCGCCCUCUACUAUCUAGGGACGCACCCGGAAAAGCUCGCCAAACUCCGUGCAGCCAUCGACCAUUUCUACGACGAAAACAACCUAGACCAGCCCAUCACAUAUCUGCAGUCGCAGAAGGUCACCUACCUAGGGGCCGUCAUCUCGGAGACGAUGCGACUGUUCCCGUCCAUCAACUUCCAGCUGCUGCGCGUGGUGCCCCAGGGCGGAGUUACGGUCGGCAAGCAUUACAUUCCCGCGGGCUACAACGUCGGCAUCAGCCCCCUCAGCCAGGGCCGUGACCCGAAGCUCUACGGCGAGACCCGCAACGACUUUAUCCCCGAGCGCUGGGAGGACCCCCAACAGAAGUCCAUGCUCGAGAGCUACAAUAUGAGUUUUGGCGGCAACGGCCCUCGGGGCUGCGUCGGGAAGAAUCUUGCACUCGUCGAGAUCUAUAAGUUCGUCGCACAGUUCGUCCGCAGGUUUGACUUUGAGUUUGUCAACAAGGAAAAGCCGUGGGAAGUCUCGUCAAUGUGGUCGCACAACCCGGUCAACAUGCAUAUGCGAUUGAGAGAGCGGAAACUAUAA